AUGGAUCCUUCGAGACGGGAGAGCUCGUCGACUGGGCAUCAACUUGGCGACUCGUCUGGCAAUGCAUCUCCAUCGGAUACGCGUCAUCCGCUUGCCCAGGCCGAGUCUGCCGUUCUUCGCGAGGCAGAGAGCUUGUCAGAAAGCUUCCAGUCCACUGACACUGUGCGGCGGAGACCAGAGGGUUAUGGCUCGAUAAGCGGUCCAGCUGCUUCAGGUUCAGCUCAACAAUCAAAAGAGACAUCUCAAGAGCGCAGCUCGGCUCGCGCUACCCAAUCUUCACGUCCUGCGAGAGGCCCCGAGAGAAUGCGAUCUGCCACUCGACUACGAAAGCCGCCAAUGCCUCGACGCCCAUCCUCGAACACGCCUUAUCGCGGCGGUGUUUUCUCAGCCGAUGACGACGUACACGAGGUAGAGGCCGAUGCCGCCGAACGUCAACAAUCAUAUCGUCGACGACCUCAGCUCUCGACCCAACUCUCUCGAGUUCAGUCGCACACGAAUGAAGACGAUGAAAAUGACGACACCAACGACGAUAAUGGCGAAUCGACCGAGAGCCCUGCUGAAGCACAAGGGGACGAAGAAGAGACUACUCCAGUCGAGGGCCAGGACGACUCAGAUAGCGACGUCAGUGAAGCCGAGAGCUUCACCCUCAAGGACAGACAGCAGGCCAUCAACCAGACCCACCCUUUCGGUAUUCGUGUAUGGAAGCCAGCAUUGUACAAGAAGGAUCGUUCAAUUCAGAAGUUUGCACAAGCAGACAUUCAUUCAGCGCCUGGCGGAAGAGUGAGCAGCUGGCUUCUCGCGUUCAAUCUGCUCUGGACCCUUCUGUUUGGUUGGUGGUUGGCUUCGUUUGCAGCUAUUGGCGCCAUCGUAUGCUUGCUCUUUUCUGCUGCUCCUAGUGGAAGAGAGUAUGGAAGAGUUCUAUGGGGUCUCGCAGGAUAUCUGUUUUACCCCUUUGGCAAGUUUGUCCGUCUGGAAAAGGACGAGACUUAUAUGGACGAGGACCAAGAUGAAGGACGCAGCAUUUCUGAAUAUGAGCAAUGGCAAAGCGGAGACCUCGAGUAUGGCCGAUUGUUCUUUGGACCUGAUCGCAAUCGCUCAAUUGUCGGUCGUUCGAGAAGAAGUAUCGAUUCUGAGCCCAGCGAGACAGAGAGCUUGCUUGGACGUGGCCGACGUGGUGAACCCUCAGAGCUCCCUCCACGAAUCAAGAGACGACUUUUUGGCCGUGGCCAGUGGAAUAUUGGCCGUGUCAUCUUUUUCAUCUUCUUCUACUGUCUCAUUUCGCCUUUGCUCCUCCUUGUAUCCGGUAUUUGUUGGUUCUUGGUUUUCUGGAUCCCCAUGGGCAAGGCUACAUUCUUGCUGUUUGACCACCUUCGACGACAUCCUCUGGCUCUGUCUUUUGAGACCGAUAUUAGAUAUAUCCGUGAAGACGAUGGUCCGAGCUCCUCAGUCCUCCUCUGCACAUACCGUGCUGUAGGAACUCGAUACUGGAAGUAUACUGUUGAUGGUACCAACAUCUUCCUCAUCAACCUCAUGGUUGUCGUCGUCUUUGUUAUCGCCGAUUGGAUUGUCCUUGAGGGCAUCUUCCAUGUUGAAGGAUUCAUUACAUCUCCAGCCUUCCUCUUCUGUGCUGGACUCCUGUCUAUCAUCCCUCUGGCUUAUUUCAUCGGACAAGCUGUUGCAUCUAUCUCGGCCCAGUCUUCGAUGGGUGUGGGUGCCGCCAUCAACGCUUUCUUCGCCACUGUUGUCGAGGUGUUCCUCUACUGUGUUGCUCUAACUCAGGGUAAGGGCCAGCUCGUUGAGGGAAGUAUCGUGGGAAGUAUUUUCGCAGGUAUCCUAUUCUUGCCUGGUAUUUCCAUGUGCUUCGGUGCUAUUAAGCGAAAGACGCAGCGCUUUAACGCCAGGUCUGCCGGUGUGACAUCAACCAUGUUGCUGUUUGCCAUUGUUGGCGCCUUUGGCCCUACUCUGUUUUAUCAGAUUUACGGCACCCAUGAGCUCAACUGUAUGGAAUGCGAGGACUACAACACCGGCGAAAAUAGAGACUGUCGUCGCUGCUACUUCAGCCAAGCUCCUUCACUCAGUGACAGGUUCUACUUGGAGGCUGUUCGUCCUUACUGUUACAUGGCAGCAGCCAUGUUGUUCUUCUCAUACCUGAUUGGUCUAUGGUUCACUCUCCGAACCCACGCUGCUGUCAUCUGGAACGCCGAGGUUGAGGAGAAGCGACACGACGAGCAUAUGCACUCAUCAAGUCUUCGCACUUCUCAAGUUCACAGCCAUCCUCAUACUCACUCUCAAAACACCGCUGAAACCAGUAGUGCUGAUGUUCGCGAUACUCAACUCUACAAGCGUAUUCUGGGCCAGUCUCUUAAGCAGUCUGGUUACACAGAAGACCUUUCUCGUCAGAGCUCUACAACCGGGCAGACCGCCCCUACCAAUGGCUCAGCUUCGACCCCCCAUGUUGUGCCUCCCAAAUCCAGCGGCGGUGAGCAGCCUCGCUCUGCUCUUCAUGUUCCCGGUCUAAGCGAUGCCGACAACAAGAUCCUCCAACGUGAGGUCACUGAGAUUGCUGCAGCGGCCGCGACCAUUGCAUCCCGCGAACGCAUGUCGCGAAAGCCAUCAACUGUGCCCCCCACUCAUGCUCCCGGCGCUCGUCCUUCAGCGAGCCGCCAACACACCCACACGCAUGCCGAGACUGAGGGCCCUGCUACUGAGGCUCACCAAGCACAUGGCGGCCAUGACGCGCCCAACUGGAGCCGUGCCAAGAGUUCCAUCAUCCUUCUUGGAGCAACUGUUCUGUAUGCAAUUAUCGCUGAAAUUCUGGUUGAUACUGUGGAUGUUGUUUUGGAAAGCUUCUCGAUUGAUCAAAAGUUCCUUGGUAUCACCUUGUUCGCCCUCGUUCCCAACACUACCGAGUUUUUGAACGCCAUCUCUUUUGCUAUGAACGGAAACAUCGCCCUUUCCAUGGAGAUUGGUUCGGCUUACGCUCUGCAAGUGUGUCUGCUCCAGAUCCCUGCGCUCGUCUUCUACUCGGCCUUCUGGCCAGGUGUCCCUGAGGGUGGUGACCCGGCGCUGUAUACUUUCUCACUUCUCUUCCCCCAGUGGGAUCUUGUCACUGUCAUUCUGUGCGUGUUCUUGCUGAGCUACAUGUACGGUGAAGGAAAGAGUAACUAUUUCAAGGGCAGCAUUCUUAUGUUGACCUACUUGGUUGUCGUCAUUGGCUAUUACUUCAGUGGAUAUACGGAUGAUGCUAUGGGCAUGGAACGAUUCGACGUCAUGGGAGCUGAUGGUAAAUACCAGAGCUACAAGACGAUUGGUAGAUCGACGAGGGGCAUGGCAUUCCCAGCAUGA